GGAACUCACUCCUCAAGCUGCUCACAACACUUCAGCCAGCCGCUAGCAAGAGAUGGCUCUACUUGCUGCCGCUACCCUGAAUCCCACCACCCACCUUAGCCUUAGAAGCCGUGCAGGACGCAACAGUGAGAACCUAUGGCUCCGGUCUGCUGCUUCAUCACAGAAGAGCAAGGGAAGGUUCUGUAACCUCACCGUCAGGGCAGGCACACCGUCAAAGCCAGCAGAGCCCAUUGGGCCUGUGUUCACUAAGCUCAAGCCCUGGCAAAUCCCUAAAAGGGACUGGUUCGACAAGGACUUCCUCUUUGGUGCCUCCACUUCAGCGUACCAGAUUGAAGGUGCUUGGGAUGAAGAUGGCAAGGGGCCAAGCACUUGGGACCACUUCUGCCACAAAUAUCCUGAGCGCAUAUCGGACAGGACCAAUGGGGACGUUGCAGCAGACUCCUACCAUCUGUAUGAAGAGGAUGUCAAAGCGCUGAAGGACAUGGGCAUGAAAGUGUAUAGGUUCUCCAUCUCUUGGUCGAGAAUACUGCCAAAUGGGAGGGGGGAAGUAAACCAGGCAGGCAUCGACUACUACAAUAACCUGAUCAACUCACUGAUAAGUCACGACAUAGUGCCAUAUGUUACAAUUUGGCACUGGGACACCCCUCAAGCACUGGAAGACAAGUACGGCGGCUUCUUAGAUCUGCAGAUUGUAGAUGAUUACAAACAAUUCGCCAAGGUGUGCUUUGAGAGCUUCGGCGACAGGGUGAAGAACUGGUUCACCUUUAACGAGCCACAUACGUAUUGUUGUUUCUCCUAUGGAGAGGGGAUUCAUGCUCCUGGGAGGUGCUCGCCGGGGAUGGAUUGUGCCGUCCCAGAAGGAGACUCGCUCAGAGAGCCAUACACUGCUGGUCACCACAUCCUCUUAGCUCACGCUGAGGCUGUUGAGAUGUUCCGAACGCAUUACAACAUGCAUGGAGAUUCCAAAAUAGGGAUGGCUUUUGACGUAAUGGGUUACGAGCCAUACCAAGACUCCUUCCUCGACGAUCAGGCCCGGGAAAGAUCCAUCGACUACAACCUCGGAUGGUUCCUGGAGCCAGUGGUUCGUGGUGACUACCCCUUCUCCAUGAGAUCACUGAUCGGAGAUCGGCUACCCGUGUUCACUAAGGAGGAGCAAGAGAAGCUAGCCUCGUCAUGUGACAUCAUGGGGCUCAAUUAUUACACCUCCAGGUUCUCCAAGCAUGUUGACAUUUCA